CUGUAUCUGGUUGUUAGGGAAGUAGUAGACACAAAUUGAAAUUAUUGUUUGCUCAUUUAAAGCUUGAUAAUGAAUGUACAACGGAUAACGCAAAUUGCGCGAAUAAGAAGCUUUAUCAUACUGGAUGAUAUUUUGUUCUACAUGAUGACAUAAACACACGCUUGGUAAUUAAAGGAUACAAAGUGAACAUUUUUGAUUACCAGUAUGGCUGAAUCCAGCAGCUUAAACAGUCUGGAAAACGACUCUAAUAUAUACGUGACGGACACAGCCGAAAAUUCGGAAAUUGGAGGAACAAAUAUUAAGGGUUCUGACGAAGUGUUUGAAAUGUACUGUGAAGAAUGUAACCGUGAUGGGAUACAUGUAGCUGCAUUCGCUUUUUGUAUGUCUUGUGUGGCUUACUUUUGCUCCACUUGCCUUAAAUAUCACGGAAAGUUUUUGCCGGGCCAUAAAACCUUAAAGGGAGAGAAUAUGCCACCAGAUAUUUGCACAGAAAAAUGUCAGAUUCAUAACAAUGAGAUUGUAAAAUUCUAUUGUGGUACAUGUAGGAACUUUGUUUGUUCUAUUUGUAAAACAGAUGACCAUACAGAUACAUGUAGCAUGAGAUAUGUACCUGAUAUUGUGAACGAUCUUGAAAACGGAGAAGAUUUUAAGCAGCUAAUGACAAGAAAGAAUGAUAUUGCAAAACAACUGACUCACACUAAAACCGUGAUUGACACAAAAUAUGAACGCAUUAGUAGUACUACUACAGAAGCUAAAUGUGCGAUAAAGAAAGAAAAAGAUACAUUAUUUACAAAGUUUGAUCACGAAGUGUCACAAUUGGAAGAGAAAAUUCACUUAUCAAAGACUAAUGAUUACAUGCGAGUUGACACUGCGAAAGAACAAUUUGAUUCUCUGGUAGUGGAAAUUGAAAAGCUGUCAGAUAAUAUCAAAGAGCUCUCAAAUUUUCCUAAAGGCCAAAAGUAUAAACUAUUCAUUAAAUUGACACAAUACAUCGAUACACUUUCAAAGGUUAAAGAUAUUGUUGAGGGUAUAACUAAAGAAUGUUCCACGAGCAGUGAUACGUAUGACUUUGAACUUACAAUGCAAGCAAAUGAUUUAACUGAGAGGGUGAAGACAUUUGGAACUUUUAUGAGAGGUCACUGCAUACAAUCCCAAAAGAUCAGUGAGGAAAAGCAGAAGAAGACUGCAUAUCAUAUGAAUGAUAUAAAUGUCAAAGCUGAAGCAGAUGCGAAAGACUGUUGUAUAGGUGAUUGCUGUAUGCUGUCUGAGCAAUACCUUGUUGUUUGUGACAAAAAUAACACUUCUCUUAAGUUGGUUGAUACAAAACUCAAUAAACUUGUUUAUGUAAGACCAGUUAAGUCGAAGCCUGAAACUACCACUAAGAUAAAUGAAACUGAGUUUGCUAUGGUUCGGUCCUAUGAUAAAGACGAGGAUAGGAGUAUAAUCCAGUUUCUAACGUUAACGAAGGCGAAGACACUUACAUUCCAGAAGCGUCGUAUACUUACAGAAAUGUACUGUUGGACUAUCAUGUACAUCAGUGACGACAGACUGAUCAUUUCCAUGUCGCUUGAUCAUGAAGGAAAGAUUCAAAUACUGAAUAUGAAUGGGAAAGUUUUGGCAAAUAUUGAAGAUGAUAAUGAAGGAAACAAAAUAUUUAGAUGUCCUUACUGCAUGACCUUAGAUGCUGACGCAAAGUACGCUUAUGUUAGUGAUUGGUAUGAAGACGGCAUAUUUGAAAUCGAUUUUGUUAACCAAACAACGAGUAAAAUAAACAGUAGUUUUUGGCAUCCAGUCAGGAUAACUAGUGAUAAAGAGGGAUUUAUCUAUGUAAUUGAAUCUGGUACAAACCGUGUUCAUUGCUUUCAUCCAAAAUCUGGUGAUAUCAGAUCUCAUGUUUUGUUGAAUUGCUACUCCGAAAAUUUCGAAUUAUAUGGUAUUUGCUACUCUAUAACGGAUAACAAGUUAUAUAUAGGCUAUGGUGGUCUUGAUUGUGUCAAAGUGUACAGCAUUAAAGAUAGUGCAGAUACGAAGAAAAAAAUUGAGAAAAAUGAACAGUAAACGCAGUCAACACAAAUUCAAGAGUUGGCAGGAGUCCAAUGCCGGAUGACAGCUUACUCCACGAGAUAAGUGUACUUUGAAAUAUAAAUGAAAAUAUAUCGUUGGGAGCCCAUGAGCCGUUCCUUCCCUUGACCCGCCACCAUUUUUGUUUUGACGUAUAUCUCGCGAGAUCUUUUCACCGCGCAUGCGCAAACCGUGGAAAUUUUUUCUACUAUCGUAGUAAAUUUUUUCUUGGAAGAAGAAGAUAAAUUAUGCGGAAAAAACAGGUAUUAUUAGCAUAAUUUCAUUCUCAAUCAACUAAAACUUACUAUUUUUCCCCAUUCUCAAAAGAUUUCUGAGAAAUUCUUUGUAAUAAAAGCUAAUUUUUCAGGAAAAAAAUGUACGUCUGCUUUGUUUACAUUUUAUCAAUGAAAGUCACGUGAUGCAACAAAUAAGGUAUUAGGCCAACUUAUUAAGAUUAGGUUUUCGUGACUUUUCUGAAAACUCUCACUGUUUAUUUUCUUUAUUUUAAGGAGCAUCCACAGCAUCUCAAAAAGCCUAAAGGCAGGCUGUAUUCUAGAGAAGCAUUGUCCAAAGCCUACCACCAAUGCAAUGUGAAUAAGAUGCCUGUGAAAAGAGCAGCUGCCAUUUACAAGGUGCCUGUAACAACUUUAAGGGACAGGGUACUAGGCAAAGUAGAUCAUGAAACAGCAGUUCAUGGAAAAACACCAAUAUUUUCCAAAGAGGAAGAGCUUAAGUUAAAAAAUCACUUUAAAUUGAUGGCAAGUCUUGGAUAUGGCUAUACCCGUUCAGAAUGUGUUGACAUUGCUGCUGAUUUUGCAUUUCAGCUAGGUAAAAGAACAAAAGAUAGGCCAUUAACAAUUAAAUGGAUCAGAGGUUUUUUGAGAAGAUGGCCUGAACUUAGAGUUCUAAAGCCAAGGGGGUUAGAAUAUGCCCGUGCUAGAAAGGCAUCAGAAGCUGU